UCUGUGGUUUGUCAUUGUUUGUCAGUAUGAUAAAGUGAAUUUAUCGAAAUAUACUUCUAGAUAAUUAAUUAUUCUUCUGUGAUUUUAUUAGAAAUUAAUUAACUAUCACUUACAGUUGUUAUUAUUACUAUAAAAUCAAAAAGCAAAGAAUUGUUUCAAAAUACAAUAUGGAAAGAGAAGAAGGUGAAAUGAGCGAUGAAGAUAUCAGCAUGCUCGUCGAUGAAGUUAAUCCAAAACAGCUUCCAAUGGAUGUUGCACAAACGCAACAGACAAUCAUGUAUAAGGCAGAUAAACAUGGAUUAUUGGUACAACAACUAGAAAAAGUGGAUGCUUCUAAAUUAGAGGAAAGAGCUAAACGAUUUGGACUGGAUUUGACUGGAAAUAAAGUUGUUACUCAGAAACAGAUUGAUGAACUAUAUGCAAAUUGUGGCAUUGAAAGUGGAAAUGAAAGACAUUUUCGCUUUGACACAAUUCAUCUGAAUGGAGUCGAUAACUUGACCACCAGAGAGAUAUUUGAGUACUUAGAAGACUUUAAGCCAGUUUCCUUGGAAUGGAUUGAUGAUUCCUCAUGUAACAUUGUGUGCCAAGACCAUAUAACUGCUGCAUUAGCAUUAUUAGUUCAUUCUCGCGAAAUAAAAAGCGAUGACGUAAAGAACAUGCUCCAAAAUAAAUCCCCCCAUCAUUGGAGGGAAGGUGCACCACAUCCUAAAAAUGAUUUAAUUUUUAUGAGAUUUGCUACGAAUGGAGAUAAAAAAAUGUCAAAAAAGAAAUCUGAUUAUGACAAACACCCUAAGGUAUUUGAUGACCCCACAAUAAGUAAAAAUCCAUGGGGAGAUUUGUGUCAAACAUGGGGGGUGUAUGAUCAUCAAGAAAUUUUUCAACGAAAAUUACCUGAUCAUGAAUACAAGGACGAGGAUGAUGAUUGUCAUGAAGUUGUUCAAGUACGGAACAAAAGAUUGGCAAUGCGUUUAGGUAAAAGGAACCAUAAUUCAUUUAAAAAUCAUCAUAGUGAUGACAGUAAUUCAGAUUCAGAAUGGAAGAAGAAAUCAAAGACGCCAAGAAUGAGAAUGCAUGCUGAUGAUGAGGAGUCCAAACAUAAGACGAAAUCUCCGAACCCUAGCAGGGAAUCAUCCAACGAUAGAGAUGUAUAUGCACCUUUAUCAAUAGAAGUAGUAAACUCCAAAAGCAAUUAUAUGCCAAGAGAAACAACAAAACUAUCUGACAAAUUUAAAACAAGUCGCAAACAGAUUCCGAAAUCUAGCAUACAAUUACGAUUGGGAUCAAAAGUCACUCGCUCCAGUGAUGUUUGGUCAAGUGAUGAGUCUUUAGCAGAUAGUAUGGAUCAUCAUGUAAUGAGUAGAGUAAAAAAAAUCAAUACCAAUACAAACAAUACUAGUGUUUGGUCCAGAUUAGAAAAUGUAAAUAAUGAUAUCAAUGAACAAAAUGACUUGAGGAGUAUUUUAAAAUCAAGAAAACACAAAAAACCAGAUGACCUAAGAGAGAGAUUAUCCAAAUCAAAACAAUCGCAUUUACGCAUUGAAAUAGACAAUAAUUAUGCUAGAAGUUAACAGAUACAUUAAUAUAUGGAUAUUUCACAGCUAACAAUUUUAUAAUUGAAUCAAUUUAUGAAUAUUAUGCUUUCAACAUGAUAGCAGACUCAAAAGCCAUCAUAUUGUUGAAUAAAUAGGCUAUACAGGUG